AUGGGCAUGGCUCCAUCCAAUCGCCGACUUCCGGUGCUGCUAGUGUGGGUGCUGCUCAUGCUGCCACUUCUUAUCGAUCGCACCGGUGCGUUCGAUAUCUUUCCCCUAAACUACAACAUCCGGUAUCGGCUAGAAACGGACGUCACACUCGUACCGGAUGUACAUGCGACCGAUAACUAUAUGUGGUACCUUAAUGGUUACCUGCGAGUGCAUCGCUACGAUGCGAAAAAUCUUGCUGCUCAAAUCGAGCUUGAUCGCCAUCACAUCCCACAAAGUGAAGGUGAUGUGUCUGCGCUCCUGGAACCGUUCCGUAUAGCGAUCGCAAACGAUACGAUCCUAAGCAUCCAGUUCAAGCUGAACGAACCGAUCUGGUCGGCGAACAUCAAGCGUGCACUGGCCUCGCUGCUGCAGGCCCAUGGUGAUGGACCCGGUGCGUACGUCGUCGACGAACAGGGUAUCUUUGGCAGCUGUCCGACCGAGUACUUUGUCGUGAACAAAUCGAACGUGUACGAGAUCUCGAAAACGUACGGCAUGGACCGGUGUACGAUCUAUCGUGGUGCGAUCUAUCUGACGCGCAGCAACAUCCCCCAGAACCACUGCAUCCCGAACAAGCAACCGCAAGCGAUUACGUCCCGCAUCGCUAACUACAAGCUGCGUAAAAUUGAAUCCUACCGCUAUAUGCUGACAGAGUUGGAUGGUACGAUGCGUACCAACAUUCGUACGCUGGAGUCUUACUAUCCACAGUUCUUGUAUUCGCGUGUGGUUUUGCGGUACGAAAAUCAUCAGGUGUUGGAUGAUACACCUGGCCGCCCGGUGGUGGACAUUGUUAAUGGAAUGGCACUACUGUUUAGUCCGAUUCUGUUCGACAGUCCCGAUCUGGAGGCGACCGGUGGCCGUAGUCCAAAAUCUAAAGAAAGGCUUAUAAAGCGUACGGCCAGCUUACUCAAUGCAAUGGCGGACAAUCUCGAAACGGUGGACAAUAAGCUGAAGGAACCGUACGACGAGACGGUAUCGGAGAUUAUUCGUCUAAUGGGUACUAUGGAUCUGGAAACGCUUAAGCAGCUGUACGAAGAGAUUGAUCUCGGUACGUCCUAUCGGCAGGAAACGGCACGGAACAUUUUCCUAGAGAUUGUACCACGUACCGGGACGACCUCUACGAUACUGUUGACGCGUGAUCUGAUCAUGAACAAGCAGGUGAAUCCGAUGACGGCAGUACAGUUGCUGAUCUCACUACCGUUUUACAUGGCGGAACCAUCACAGGAGCUGGUAAAGGAGUGUGAAGUGUUCCUGGAAGUUGGUGCCGAUCGGCCAGACAUUAAGCAUGCGGCCGUGCUGAGUUACGCCACCAUGAUCUACAACACGUUCGUGGCGGGUAAAUUGACGGCAGACACGUUCGAAAAGUACGUCAAAAUGUACUUCGAUCUAUUCUUGAAUAGCUUCGAGUACGAGCAGCAGAUGCUAUAUCUGGAAGGGUUGGGCAAUCUUCAGCUGGAAAAUGUGGCCGAAUAUUUAGAUCCAAUUAUUCGCGCAAACUACCCACAAAACACCGACAUACGCUUUUUGGCUAUGUUGGCACUGCUGCCGACGGCUCACUUGCGUCCGAACCAAGUGUACGAAACCUACUGGCCAAUCUUUCACUCGCGCACUAGCCCGUUGCAGCUGCGUGUGGCCGCAUUUACGAUGUUACUGUUUUCGAAUCCAACGCCCGGUCGAUUGCUUGGACUGUACAGUGUGAUUAAGACGGAAAAUGAUCCACACAUGAUCAACUUCUAUCGCACCACCGUACUAAGCAUCUCCGAAACGACCUAUCCAUGCUACCAACAUCUUAAAUUGCUACUCGCGUACAUGACGCGACAACUACCGGAUGCACCGGCACCAAAAUAUUGGGUCACCGGAAACUAUCUGUUUGAUUAUCGUGAUCGUAAGUUCCACAUCGGUUCAAUGCUACAGACGAUGCUGAUUGGAAGUCAUCAAACCGAUCUACCAAUGAUAGCGUCCCUGAAGUUCGAUACGGAAGCGCUCGGAAGAUUUACCGGCCAGCUAGGGCUGUACAUUAAAGCACGUGGGUUGAGUGACGCAGUUAUCAAUCGUUUGACCACCUUCAACUCGAGCCAUCUAAGGUUGGAUCGAUUAAGCAGUAUUCUGAAAUCGAUGAAGCUAUCCACCAUCAGUCCAACGCCUUUACAUUUUGAGUUUAUCGUGCAGUUUGAGGGUAAAGCAGUCCUCUGUUACCAUCUGAAUCAAACGACAUUCCACAAUCUGACCGAUGGAAACAUCAUCAAUCGAAUCAAUCUGCUAAGGGACAGUCACGUUAAUAUGCAGAUCGUCCGGCGUCCGUUCAUGAUCAAGUACGCACUCCCAACGCUGCUGGGCACACCGGCAGACAUUCUGAUCGAGAACACCGUGCUGGCGACGGUACGCGGUAACACGACGCAGCAGAUGAUGCUGAUGGACAAGGUGGCACGCAGCAACCAGGUCGACAUCCGGUACUCUUCCUACGCGGUGGUAAAGAUACGCAGCUACAAUCCUAUCAACGAUGUGGAAUAUUCCACCAUACGCGAGCAAGGCUUUCUGGUGUACAUACCGGUCAACAAUGAGAUCGUGUGGGACAUUGCGGGCAAAUCAAUAAGCUACAGCUUUUAUCGUCCGGAAAACAUGACCAGCGGUAUCUCGCUCAAGAGCCGGACGCGUAACACGCCCACAAACGGGGACUCUGAUGCAGCGGAAACUCUUGAACCCAAAGAGGAAGAUAUAGCCAAGUACGGGUAUUGGAUAGAUGAUCUGGGCAUUCAGCUGCUGGCAAGGGUGCAUCAAGACUACACCAAGGAUAAUGUAAUGUUUAUGCUCGAAACGGACAUACUGGACAAUGCGAAGGUCCUAACGAAGGCUCCAUUUUCGCUCGUCAACAAUUUGCUACGUAUAGUGAGUCUGAUUCAGCUCAACACAAUCCACAUCGGACGGGACAAACAUCUGACGCUGCUGAUUGCUAACGAUCAAAAAACGCUCCUCCAAGGUACGCUCAAGUGGGACACGCAAAACUACUCCAAGCAACCGUCUGUACCGGAAAAUGAAGUACUGCGCGUAAAUCUGAUUCUGGCCCAUACGAUCCCGAAACUGGAGGGAAGCCGGGAUGAGGUGAAGGUACUGCACAAGUGGGAUAUCGUGUCGCAGUACACCAACUUCAAGUGUGACCGUGCGGCCCGGAUCUUCUUCUCACUAACGCGCCACGAAUGGAACAGCACGAACUGGAAGAUGUGUUUUUCGGCCGAUUAUCGUCCACUGGUGUUUCUGCAGCGGCCCUUCCAGCUCACAGGCGAGGUAGUGUUCGGUGAGACGAAGGUCCCGAAACAGUGUCCCAAAGAGCCACGGAUUGCAUUCAACGUAUCCUACCAUCUGCCGGACUAUGUGGAGCGUAUCUACCGUGCCCUUGACACGAAGGACCGUAGCUGUCCGAAAGAGAUUCUACGACUUACACCACCUCCCUUCUCUGGCGAAUGUCGAGCAGAACGAUUUAGUCCACUGACAACGGUUACCGGUCUUGAUGGGCGUUUCACAUUCAGCAAGCUUCCCUCCUGGAUUGAUAUGUUGUUACACCGUUUGGAUCACGCCGUUUCGGCGAUUGUACCGGGACGGGUACAUACCCUCAACAUGACCGACCAUAUCGAUGUACAGGCACGCGUCCUGCAGUGGUCCAACGAUACGGAGAUACAGAUCAACGGUGGCACUAUUUGGUUCCCAUCGCGGUUCUAUCAUAAUGUAAAGAUGCAACAUUCCUACACAUCACGCAUCGAGUACGGAUUCCUGAGUGUUUGCAGCCUUAUCCAUAACAAACUGACAACGUUUAACGACCGUAUUCUGGAGCUGACGAAUGAAGUACGGGAUGAGUAUCGAGUGCGUGACAGUUUUCUACUUACCGCCGACUGUUCGCUCACACCCAAAAUGGCUAUCUUUGUGCUGGACGACCAAAAGGGUGUGCAGAUCUACACCGGGGGUAACUAUUUGAUCUACGAACCGGUCAACACUAACGGUAGCAGCUCCUCCUCUACCAUGACGGUCAACAUAAACGAUGAGCAGCUGAUCGAUCUGCGCAACAUCGUGUACCAGUAUCCAACCGAUGACGAGUUUUACGACUUUCGGGUGUACAUCGAUCGGGAAGAUGUGCUGGUGGUGGAAAAUCAACUGAAUGGAGCGGUAGUACAGUAUGGACCGUCCGGUAUAGUGAACAUACUGCUGCCGACCGUACACAAGGGCCAGAUGUGUGGUUUGUGCAGUGAUCGCGAGUAGCAGAGGAUCGUUCGACU